AUGCAGCCCUGCACGCGCUUCACCGAGUUGACAACGGCGUCGAUGCGUGGCUUCCCAGCAACGGCGGGCUACAAGUUCGGGCCGCUGGUGCCACACGAUGUCUGGAGCCAGUGGUUCCUGAGGAACAGGGGCACGACGACGGCCGCGAGCCCUGGUUACCCCGGCGUGACGCGCCAGAACCAGUUGCAGAGCCUCGCGAGCCAGUUGAUUCAGGCGCCUCGUGGGUCGGCCUCGUUCGGGGGUCGCCGGCUGCCGGGCCAGAGGCCCAAGAAGCAGUUCAUCUGCAAGUACUGCCACCGCGAGUUCACCAAGAGCUACAAUCUCAUGAUCCACGAGAGGACCCACACGGACGAGCGGCCUUACCACUGCGACAUUUGCAAAAAGGCCUUUAGGCGGCAGGACCAUUUGAGGGACCAUCGGUACAUCCACAGCAAGGACAAGCCGUUCAAGUGCAACGUCUGUGGCAAGGGUUUCUGCCAGAGCCGCACCCUGGCCGUCCACAAGCAGGGCCACGAGGAGCAGCACCCCUACAAGUGCGGCGUUUGCUCGCGCGGCUUCAACCAGCGCAGCAACCUCAAGACCCACCUGCUCACCCACGCGGACGUGCCCCAAGACCUACGGGUCCUCGAGAACAACAACAACAACAACCAACACGAGCAACUGCAGUGCCAGAACAAGCUGAGGUCACCCGAUUUUCAACAACAGUACCAGCAACAGGUGCUCCAGCAGCAUCAGGCCCUCCAGUUACAGACGCAGCAGCAGAUCUCACGCGACACCGGCAAACCACAGCCGGUCAAGCUGGGCUUCUCGAUAGACGAGAUCAUGCGCCGUUAG